UCGUGGCGCGGCGGAGGAAGCGGCGUGGACGGGCCGCGCCGGCGCGACACGGCGGCGGUGGCGACGUGGUGCCCGACGUCUUCACGCUCUCUCUCCGGCGACGGAGAAUCGGUCUAGCUUAGAUAGUGCUACCAGUACCUGUGCCACGUCAUCUCAAUACAGAUUAUCCUGGCCCCUGCUUUCGCAAGCUCUCAUGCGAUGGCAGCCGCCGCCGCCGCCGGGCCGGCGAACUCGGUGGCCGCCUUCUCGCCGUCUCUCCCAUUUCGUCUCCACCACCGACUCCCACGCGUGCACCGGGCCAACACCACCGUAGCGCUCGCCGCGCGCCGCUUCCGCGGCAUAAACCCUAGCCACAACCGCUCCCGCGUGAAGCACGCCUCCACCCCGGGCCCGGCUCCCGCCCGCGACGACGGCGGCGUCGGCGCCCUCGAGGCGGAGCUGUGGCGCCUCCAGCGGCUGGCGGAGCUGCGCCUCCACCGGCUCGCCGAUGAGGCCGACGAGGCCUACCGCGACCUCCGCUCCGCCGUCCGCGUCGUCGGCGGGGACCGCGUGGUCCUCACCUUCCGCCGCUCGUCCCUGCGCUUCGCCGCCGCCGCGCUCCUCUGGUCGCUCGCGCUCUCCGCCGCGGCGUGGGCGCUGCUGGGUUGGGCCUUUCGUGCUUGGCAGCGGUGGGGCCUGGGGAGGAGCUGGUGGAGCGGAGUGGACGGCGCGGCUGUGGUGCGGAGGAGGGACCGCAGCCUGGGUGGCAAGGAGGUGGUGGUCGCCGUCUCGUCCCCGGUGGCGGCUCCAGUGAGCCGUGUGCCGGAGCCAGCGAGAGAGGCCAGGAGGAGGGAGCCAAAGGCGAGGGUUCCGGAAUGGUGGCCGGAAUUGGGAGAGGAGGUGGUGGACCAGGGGCCAGGGAUGGAAAAGUUUGCGAGAUUGGCUAAUAGAUUGGUCCGAGCAAUCAUUGAUAAUAGAAUCACGGGGAGGGAUUACAGAUAUGAUGAUGCAAUUCAACUAAGGCAAUUAUGCAAGAUAUCAGGUGUAAAGGUCUCUUUUGACACAGAGAAUGCUCGUGAUUCUUUCUAUAGGGCAGCAAUAAACUUUGUCCUGGAUGAUUGCAGCAGAGCAGCACAAGACAUUGGAGCAACACAAAUCAAUGGUGAGAGUCCAAGGAUUUUUCUUGCUGGUCUUGCUAGUAAUAUUGGAUUGGACAAGUUCCGUGCUGUCACACUGGUGUGUGCAUCAGUUGCUGCUCGCACACGCGCUUGUUUCUUGCAAUGUUGGGCACUAGAGAUUCAAGGAAAACGAUCAGAGGCUCUAGAUGAGCUCUUGAAGAUUUGUAGAAUUCAUAACAUAUUUCCUCCAGAAGAAAAUUCUGCGGAGAUGGAAAUGGUCGCUGGUGGACUUAAAAAGAAUUUACAAGUUGCAGAAAGGGUUCAUCUCUUGUCUCUAUAUAGGAGCAUCUGUACUUCUGGUAAUCACAGAACUGCUGCAGAGGCUCUUGGCCUGAGCAUACCAGAUCAAUGAGAAUGCAAAUGCAGCUGGAGGAUUCAUUCUGUCCAUAAUUUUCUAGUUCCAACCUCUAAUUGCCACCCCUCAAGAUAUUUGAAGGCUUAAAGCCAACAAAAGAUUGGUGGGGUAUGAUUUUGGUAUCUUCUGGUCUCUAGAUUACCGAGGACAUGAUAUGCUGGCAUGUUGCUGGUACAGGAGCAAAGUAAACCACUGGAUCAUUUCCAAAGGGAAUACAUCGACCCCAAGAAUGGUAUCGACAGCCUUUUGUUCUUUGUCGCACCUAAUUUUGGUACAACGUUAGCUUACAUAGUUGUAUUUAUGAGAUCAUACAUAAAUAUAUAUACCUAGUGACAGGAUGCAACGUUGCUACAUUGAGCAGCUUCUUGGUGGAGACAACAUUUUUUGGCGUGAGUUGUAGAUUUGCAGUGCUGGUUCUGCAGAAGGGCAAACAGUUUGAUGCUGGUGUGAGCUAUCAUAAGUGUCUGAUAGUACACUGGACAUGUCUCUCUAUUGGUGUCUGCCGUUGUCUUUGAAAGUUAAAAGAUUGAGAUCCAGUAUGCCAUGGCCGGAUAGCUACACGACCUGCACUUUUGACGAAGGACCGGAUGUGACGUUCUGCACGGAUGUAAUUAGGAACAAACAGAAACACUGGGCCACUCUUGAGAAGAACACACGACAUUGUUCUAUGAAGAUUAACAUAUUUUUUGCUGCCGUACAACUCCUGUUCGGUUUUAGCGUGUCCUUUUUUUUGUU